UGGCCACAUGGCGAAACUUCAGUUAUAAACUAACGAGAUAAGAGCUUGGAAGCUUGAGAAGACAUGGCAGCUGUUCCUUUGAGCCAACUUUGCAAUAUUAUAUGGAUUUGAGAAGGAUGUUUAUUGUUCCAACUUGGAGUUGCCUGCACUUCCUCUUCUUCUUCUUCUGCAACAAUUUGGUUGUAUCGUUCAAAAUUGUGGACACUCUUCCAGGCUAUUCCGGCACUCUUCCCUUCAAGCUCCAGACUGGGUACAUUGGUGUGGGGGAGUAUGAGGAUGUGCAACUGUUCUACUAUUUUGUUGAGUCCGAAAAGAAUGCCGAGAAAGACCCUUUGGUGCUUUGGCUAACUGGUGGCCCUGGUUGUUCUGGCCUGUCUGGUCUUACCUAUGAAAUUGGUCCAUUUACUUUCGACCUUCCUUCUUUUGAUGGAACAUUGCCCUCAAUCAACCUAAAUCCAUAUUCAUGGACAAAGAUUGCAAGCAUUAUAUUCAUAGAUUCUCCGGUUGGAACUGGAUUUUCGUAUGCCAAAAGCCCGAAAAAUUACCCAUCCACAGACACAACAUGGACCAACCAUCUUUAUAUGUUUCUUCAGAAGUGGCUGUCAGAUCAUCCUCAAUUUCAGAAAAACCGUUUGUACAUUGCUGGAGAUUCCUAUGCUGGCAAGAUUGUCCCCAUGGUUGUUUCAGAGAUAAAGAAAGGCAUUGAAAAUGGUUCAGAGCCACGCAUGCUUAUCCAGGGCUACAUCAUUGGCAACCCUUGUACAAAUAGUAACCAUGACACUAACUGGAGAAUCCCAUAUGCUCACAAGCUGGCAAUCAUCUCUGAUGAAUAUUACAAGUUUGCAGAGAGUAGCUGUAAUGGGGAAUAUGUAAACCCAGAUCCAUCUAACUUCAAGUGCCUCUAUGCUCUUCAGCCUAUUCAGCAGUGCAUUGAAGGCAUAUUUCUGGGCAAUGUUCUGGAGCCAACCUGCAAAUUCAGUGCUCCCAAUCCAAAUUUAGGCAAAGAAGAUCAUCAAUCUGAUGAAACAACAACUUCUAUGACACAGAUUGACAUUGACAUCUUCCUCAGAAGUGAAGAGGAACCUUGGUGUCGUAACCACAAUUACAUUCCCUCUUAUUUCUGGGCAAAUGAUCCAAGUGUCCAAGAAGCUCUUGGCAUUGAAAAAGGAAGCAUAUCAGACUGGAAAAGAUGCAAUAAAAGCUUAGCUUUUGAAUCAGAUGUACCAAGUGCUUUAGAGUAUCAUCAGCUUUUCAGUAAUUCUACACCAUUUCAAGUUUUGGUAUACAGUGGUGACCAUGACAUGAAUAUUCCAUACCUUGGCACUUUGAGUUGGAUACACUCUCUAAAUUUGACAGUGGAUUGCAAUUGGAAGCCUUGGUUUGUGAAUGGCCAAAUUGCAGGGUAUUACGAAAGAUACAAGAGAUCAGGAAAUGAAUUCUAUCUCACAUUUGCAACUGUGAAGGGUGCAGGUCACACAGCUCCAGAAUACAAACCAAAGGAAUGCUUGGCCUUGCUUGAUCGAUGGCUAUCUUCUUUUCCUCUAUAGAAGUUUCAAUAAAAGACUAAUAUUAAUUAUGAUAAAAAUUUAAAAAUUAAAAAAAAAAUUAUGUAUGGUAUAAUACAUUAUAAUUGGCUGACUAUCUAAUUAAUCAGUAGAAUCUUUAUUUGAUA